GUCGACAUUUUGUUGUUAUUAACUAACAUCGAUCUUAAAUAUGUACUGUUUCAACUAAUAACAUAACAAUAAUUACAUUUGUGAAACAAAGUCUUGUUGGAAUUGCAUAACUAAGGAACCCUCCAAAACAAUUAACUUUAUUUAGCAAACGCAACCAACUAUUUAAAUAAAGCAUCAACGCAAAAUUAGAAAUUAGAAAUCUAUAAGAAAGUAAUAAACAAUCAAAAGUAAGUGAAAACCCAUUUAAUUUACUUUAUUCUUUUUCAGAAUAUGGCGAUGUUGAAGAAAAUAUCGGUUUUAUAUCUCGCUCUACUAAUUAUUUUUGUUUUUGAGGCGAAUACAAUCAAAAUGGAGCAAGUUAUAUCAUAUGAUUCUAUGCGUGUGAAUCAUGCAUGGGGAUGUUCUCAAAAAUAUCCUCAGUUUUGUGAGAAAACUAGGGCAAAUCCAUAUACGAAGCCAAACCCAAAAAACAGUGAAGCUUCAUCAUAGGUGGUUGGAAUUUUAGAGAUAUGAAAACAUGACCAUUCGGAGUAAUAUAUAUAUAUAUCAAAAAUCUCUAAAAAGAAAUCAACAAAACGUAUUACGGAGAACAAGAGGGCGGAAAAUGUAUUCUUUUAUAUGGAUUAAUAUAUCUUUGUUUUAUUUUAUAAUCAAAUAUUAUUCAUAUUUUAUCCUUUCAUAGAUAAAAUGCAAUUUAUAUGAUAAUAAAAUUGUAAUUUUACUAUUUUACUUUUACAUUUCUGUAAAACAGACAUUCUGAUCAUUGAUGAAAAUGAUCAAUCAAUCAAUCUAUAUUUAUAUGGUCAUAUAUACACAAUUAUGUGUUUACAGUUUUUUUUGUUAACAACAUGUAUCAUACUGAUUUAAAUUUGAAUGUUGAUAUAUCAAAGACAUUAUUAGCACAAACUACUUAAGUUAUUUGUUGGGAAAGUGAUAAUCAUAAUCUAGCUGUUAUGUUAUAAGUAGGAAAACUAAUACCGUGUAUGUGUAAUUUUUUUUUCAAUAUAUGAAUAUAUAUGAACAUUUAUGUUUUGAAUAAAUUAUCGUUGCAGGCUUGCAGUUAAAAUAAAGUUGUAUAAAGAAGGGAGAAAUC